CUCACAUCACAGACAGCUUUAUCAUGCCAUGCAUCAUAUAUGCUGGCUCAUCUAUCUCUGCACAAGAGCUCUGUGCAGCUGCUGGGCCAUCCACUGCUCGGCCGUGAACGACACAUCCAUCGUCUUCUUGCCUGACACACAACACACACAACACACACGAGACACAUGAGGCGCACACAGUAAGUAGCACACAUGAGGGUUCACGGUCACCUUGCAAAAUUCUGAAUGCCUCACGGUAGGUCAGCAGUGCCAGGUACUCACUCAUCUUGACGCGCUGCAGAAGGCACAAACAACGCGACAACACUCCAUGCGGCCAAUCAGCGCCUUUUGAUUUCCAUCAAAGCUUUGUUUACCAUUGCAUUCACGGCUGCCGUGUCCAUGUUUGUCGCAUCUUUGCCAUCCGUGUCUCUCUCACCCCACCACACCACCGCCCUCCUGCUCACAUCGACCUCGCCCGUGCUGCCUGCACUCUUCUCGAGCCGCUUCCGCCGCUUGGCCACUCGCUUGACGGCUUUGGUCAGCUGCGGGUCCUUCUCGUACUGCGAGUUGGCCAUGAUGCCCGUCAAGGUCUGCUCCCAUAUCGCCCACACACCACGCCACGCCUGCAUAGUGGGUGGCGACACACAGAACGAAACCGACACAAUCCCAUCACAUGGCCCGCAACUUCACUCCGCCUGCCUACCUCAAGUGCGGUAAGCAUGGGUGUCUCGUCGAUAAGUUUCCGGUGCAGCAGCCGAGACAGCUCGAUCACCUCCUUGGGCGGGGUGUUGGGCAGGGUGCCUGGCGGAGGGGCGGGGGGCAGUACAACGCCAUCAGCUGAGGGAGAUGUGAUGUUGUGUGGGUUGGCGGGCGCGUGCAGCUCUAUCGGCACUGUCCGCCACGACCUGUCCCACUUGGGGUGGAACCUAGCAAUGAAUACAACACACAGACAGGUAGAUAUAAUGAAUGGUGUCUCUAUGUUGUCUGUCUGGGUGUGGUGUGGGUCGCGGUGCUCACUCACUUUGCCAGCCGCUCAGCGGUGCCGAUUCGGCAGCUCCAUGACAUCUCGUGUCUUGGGGGCGACGUGUACCCAUAGACCGUCAGCAGAUGGGCGUUGGAGUGAGGCCCAUACCACCCCAGCAGCUCCUCACCCGCAGCCACGUCACGGGUGGCCCGCACCCUCAUUACAUCGAUGUCACGUAUGAACUCCCAGAGGACAUUCUGCCUCGCCAGCCCAUAGUCGUUGAGGAAGUCUAUCACCGGGAUCAUUACCAGCUCGCCGUCCACCAUGAAGCUGCGGGAAGAGUGAAGCGCCACUGACUUGAAGAAGCUCUCCAGGAGGAAGCUGUCGCCCAGUAGGGAGCGGUCCGUGUCAGAUACGACUCUGUUGUAGGAAUCCAAGACGCCGCGCCUAAGCGUCGCCGCCCACUCGCCCUCGGGCGACCUCGAUAGGUGAGUCGUCAAUAGUGUCUCGUUGCCAUCCUCCACAGUGAAAGGGACGGCCGGCGUGUCAAGUGCCCGCAGAUCCUUCAGCCAGACCUUCAGCCGCUCACACGGGGAGACGAGAGGGACAGCAGAUGACGGCGGUGGUCUCUGUGUGGAUGAUGAUAUCGAUGGUCUCCCACCUGUCCUGCACCCGCCGCUCAGCGCGUACGUGAGGAAGGCAAUCACCACAGUCACCGGUCCCAGAGGCAUCCUGUCGCCAUCCCUCGCCACAGCAGCAGCGAGGGACGACUGCUGGGCAAGCCGGCUGACCGUCAGCAUGAGCUUCUUGGGCACCUCGAUGACCGUCGUCCCCUUCGCGAGAGGCGCAGUGGUGCGGAGGCCGCGCUCCUGCGUGCUGCUUGGUGGUGUGAUCUCCACAUCUGGGUGCAGAUAGCCAUCGUUGUCCAUGAGCAAGCCGCGGAAAGGGCCGAUGUCAUGCGGAUCAUACGGCUCUGACGCAUCACUGUCGAUGGCACGAAAGGAGGCGAAGACCCAGUCGACAGCGUCCCGCCAUUGGUGAGCGGCCAGGGCAGCCAGCACAACCACACUCACGAGGAAUGAGGUCGGCAGCUUCAUCCUCCGAACUCAACGAUUA